AAGAGCACUAACAUUAAUGAAUAGUUGUCAUCACUUCUGUUACUUUAGAUCAACCAAUUCACGUAAGGGGUUUUAAUUAAGUUAACAGAUUACAUGGAGCUCUAUUGUUGAGCGCAUGAAUAACCCGUUUAACUCACGCGCGGAAUCUAAACUCGAGCGAGGAAAGAAGAUAAAGUUAAUAUGAAGAUUGACAACUAGGGAAGUAAUGCUGUACGCUAACAUCGUUGUCAUCAAAAGAAAUGGUUCGGAUGGAGCUUCAUUUCCUCUGACCUCAACAUCUUGUUUGUUUGGAAGGAACCACGAUUGUGAUAUUAGAAUUCAGUUACCACAAGUUGGACUUGAACAUUGUCGUUUGGAGGUUAAUGAAAAUAAGGAGGUUUUUCUGGUAAACUUGAAUAAAGGUCACCAGGUGGAAGUAAACGGAAAGCCAAUUCAGGAUUCUGUUCAACUGAAUCACAAAGACGUGUUCUCCAUCAUCGAUAGGUUAUUUCGUCUUGAAUUUCCUACACUAUCACCUCAGAAGAUGCUGAAGACCCCAUCAUCCACCCCAAAGGCCACGUCAAAAACCCCUGGAAAAUCGCCUGCAAUCUCCCGCAAGCAGUCCCCCUCACCAGGACGCCAUGCCACCCCUUUAGCCGGUCACCAGCCAAGAGGAAGAACACCAAAACCUUCACCAAAGUCCAUACUAGUUGCCCAGAAUACUCCAGUGUCUGUUAAAACCACACCUAUUGCAAGACCGGGUUCAACUCCAUCUUCUGUUAAAUCUGUUUCUAAAACCAAGCUCACUCCAAGGGCUUUGUCAACUCCAGUUGUUGACAUGAGCCAACCCGGUUCUUCAAAGAAGCCUUUUACAUCUAAGACAAAUUCAAUGAAUAUUUUGGCGAAUCCAAUAGUGGAGGCUGUAAAACAAUCUACACAUAGCGUUCCAAGUCCUAAGGUUGCAACACCCAAACAAGCUACUCCUAAGCCAGCAAGCGCAAAGGUAGCCACUCCUAAGCCAGCAACUCCAACGGUGGCAAGUCCGAAGGUAUCUACCCCUAAGCCAGCAAACCCAAGGGUGGCAAGUCCAAAGGUUGCCACUCCUAAGCCAGCAACACCUAGGGCCGAAAGUCCUAGGGUAGCCACUCCUAAACCAGCAACACCUAGAGCUGCAAGUCCAAAGGUAGCCACUCCUAAACCAGCAACACCUAGGGCCCAAAGUCCAAAGGUAGCCACUCCUAAACCAGCAACAUCUAGGGCCGCAAGUCCAAAGGUAGCCACUCCUAAACCAGCAACACCUAGGGCCGCAAGUCCUAAGGUAGCCACUCCUAAACCAGCAACACCUAGGGCAGCAAGUCCAAAGGUUGCCACUCCUAAGCCAGCAACACCUAGGGCAGAAAGUCCAAAGGUAGCCACUCCUAAGCCAGCAACACCUAGGGCAGAAAGUCCAAAGGUAGCCACUCCUAAACCAGCAACACCUAGGGCCGCGAGUCCAAAGGUAGCCACUCCUAAACCAGCAACACCUAGGGCCGCGAGUCCAAAGGUAGCCACUCCUAAACCAGCAACAUCUAGGGCCGCAAGUCCAAAGGUAGCCACUCCUAAACCAGCAACACCUGGGGCCGCAAGUCCAAAGGUAGCCACUCCUAAACCAGCAACACCUAGGGCAGCAAGUCCAAAGGUUGCCACUCCUAAGCCAGCAACACCUAGGGCAGAAAGUCCAAAGGUAGCCACUCCUAAACCAGCAACAUACAGGGCCGCGAGUCCAAAAGUAGCCACUCCUAAGCCAGCAACACCUAAGGCAGCAAGUCCAAAGGUAGCCACUCCUGAUCCAGCCACCCCAAAACCAGCAAGUACAAAUGUGGCUUCUCCGAAACCAGCAACACCCAGGGCGGCGAGUCCAAAGGUUGCCACUCCUAAACCUGCAACACCUAAGGCAGCAAGUCCAAAGAAGACACCUAAAUCCACAACACCAUUGGCGUGGACAACUACUCCAAAGGUCAUCUUUGAUACAAAUAACAGUGCUGGCAAGAAAACUAAAGACACACCCAAGGCCAAGAAUCCUGUCACCCCAAAAAGCAGUAGUAAAAAGAGGCCAGCAGAUGACCAAGGCAGUGCUGUUGCACCAUCAGCUAAGCGAAAACGCGUGUCAUUUGGUCCAAAACUGAGCCCAGAGUUGUUUGUUAAAAAGCUGCCCCCCUCAACCCCUGUGCGCCGUGGGGCUCUGCCCCCCAGGGUUGUCGAAUUGCCAAAACCUUCAUCAUCACCUUUGCUGAAAAGACGCUCACUUGCUGCACCGCAGAAGUCGCCUAUCCGGGAGGAAUCACCUGCAAAGAAGUCUUCUCCAAAAAGUGCAAAGAAGACUUUGGCAACUGUUCCUGGUACUCCGGAUGCUCCAUCCACCUCAGUUUCUACAGCUCCUGCAGAGAAAUCACCCAAGGGACGAUCACCUUCACCCAAGAAACCAGCUGGAAGGAGUCGAUCUGUUUCUCCUGCUAAGAAGAGCCAGUCUCCAUCUUCCAAGGGCAGAAGAUCCACCCCGCUUGCAGCUGUAUCUAAAUCUGAUACUCCAGUAGCUGUUGUUGCCCCUUUGCCAUCUACACCUACUACAAAGGAGCAAUCCCCUAAGAAAUCUCCCAAAAAUACAACUCCCAGCCAGCAGAGAAGUCGCUCCGUCUCUCCGAGUAAGAGAUCUCCUAAAAGUUCGAGCCCUAGAAGUCAUUCAGCUUCACCAGCCCAGUCUCCUAAGAGUUCUAAGAAGACACAGCUUCACCAAGCAGUUGUUAAUCCCGUUGCUGAGGUUGCAAGACCACCUUCACCAAGAAAGUCUACAUCACCCUUCAAGAAGGCUUCCUCAGAGACCCCUAAAUCUCAGCCCAAGCUGUCAUCACCUAAAACUUUGCCAUCGAAAGCUUCAUCAAAAGCAGCUUCACCUAAGCGUGCAAGGUCUCUGUCAUCUUCAACAAAAUCUACACCAAAGUCUGGACGCAAAUCAUCCCCAGUCAAAUCAGCUAAAAAGUUGGCUAAGAAGAGUUCUAGAAAGUCUGCUGGUGAUGCCAAUCUGAAGGGCUUGAAAAGACUAAUGAAGACACCCAAAAACAAAACUAAUAACAAUAUAAAUGAGAGUUUUACUGGUUUAGCGGAUAUGUUGCUGCAAAGCACACCAAUCAUUUCAACACCAGCAUCUGCUAGGUCAAAGGCAAGACCUGCUUCACCAGUGAAUACAGUUGUUGAAUCUGCUGCAGUUCCAGCUGUUGAAUCUGCUUCAGUUCUUAAAGCAGUAAAGACCCCCAAAUCCAUCAAGAAAUCAACACCCAAGUCAGCCACACUUAAGUCAAUAAAAAAGACCCCAAGAAUGGAAAAGAAUCUUAAGCGCAAGAGGUCUUCCCCAGGCAUGAUCGUGACUGUUGCAGUAAAGAGAAUGAAAAUUGGUUCUCCUACCCCAACAAAGACGCUAUCCCCUCCAGUGUCACUCAAGAAAGCAGUCGCUUUGAGGGCUAUCCAUGGUAAGAAAGCCACACCUAAACUCCCAAAGAAGACAUGGGCUGAUAUUGUGAAAAAGCCUGCAGCAGUUAAAACUACUCCCCCAAAACAACAGCAGUCUGGACCUUUGGUGACAGCAGAAGGGAAAAAUAGAACACCCCCAACUGUUGUUCGAAAGGCUUUUCCUAAAACGCCCAGAACCAAAGCUGCCUUGCUGGCUCCUUCGACUGGUCAUAUUGAGUCCCCAGUCACUAUUAUCAUUGGUAAGAAGAAUCGCCUGGUGUCCAAGACCCCUCUUCGAUUGCCAAAGAAGGGAAGAAAGAGUAUGAUUAAGAAGGACAAGAAGAAGUCAAUGGGCAGGAUGAGUCUUGGUGGUGUUGCAGAUCUUUUCACAACUCCACCUCAGAAGUCGCCAGUGUCUUCCCUCUCCACGCCAGCAUCCAAUGUUGGUACGCCUGACUCAGUGCUGUACGCAGAUAUACCAGACACUCCUAAUGGCCCUGGUGAAAUGUUUGUGUCUCCUCUGUCAGUUGGCAAGAAGUCAGCCAGGAAAAGUGUGAACUUGGUUGGAGUGAAAGAGCUCUUUAAGGGAAAGACUCCAGCGAAAUCACCUUCAACCCCAUCUGGCUUGAAGAGAAUGCUUGCCUCCCCCAAGCCAACAGCAAGUCCGGCUAGUCCAUCAGGGGUAGCAAGGUUGUUUGCCACACCUGUGAGCAAACCUAAGGCCUCUCCUGCCAAAUCGUCAAGCAAGAAGUUGACUGCAAGGAAGGCUGUGACAAAUCCUAAAACAGUGUCACCUCUCUCAGCUAGAGGUAAGAAGCGUGCUUUGUCCCCGGCUGAUUUUCCACUCAGUAAGAAGCCGAAGCUAUCCGGAGAUGUGAGAGCUGCUGUUGUCGAGUCUCCUGUACCAGCUACACCCAAACCAGCAAGGGGAACACGGAAUGGUGGGCUUAAAAAGCUGAAGACUCCAGUCAAGACGCUGAAACGUACUCCUAAAUCCAAGGCAGUGGUUAAGGAAGUGAAAUCAGCCUCCCCAGCCAAAAAGGGCCGAUCUACAAGGGCUGGACUUAAGGCAGACACUCCAGCGAAAUCUGCCACACAAGUGAAAGAGGCUGCUGUCACAGUUGAAGCCAGUCCAGCAAAGAAAGGAAGGCGAGGGAAGCCAGCAACUCCAGCCAAGAAAACUCCAGUCAAGAAGGCAGCUGCAGCUGAAAAGGCAUCUGUGGUAGUUGUAGAUGUACCGACUCCAGUAGAAGAGAAAGUUGCAGCCAGUCCUGCAAAGAAAGGAAGGGCUACAAGGCGAGGAAAGCCAGCUUCUCCAGCUAAGAAAACACCAGUAAAGAAGACACCAGUUAAGAAAACACCAGUAAAGAAGACAGCUGUAGCUAAGAAGACACCAGAAGCCAUAUCAGCACCUGCAACAGAAGUUAGUGUACCAGCACCUGUACAAGAAGAGAAAGUUGCAGCCAGUCCUGUAAAGAAAGGAAGGGCUACAAGGCGAGGAAAGCCAGCUACUCCAGUUAAGAAAACACCAGUAAAGAAGACGCCAGUUAAGAAAACACCUGUAAAGAAGACGCCUGUUAAGAAGACAGCUGUAGCUAAGAAGGCACCAGAAGCCAUAUCGGCACCUGCACCAGAAGUUAAUGUGCCAGCACCUGUACAAGAAGAAAAAGUUGCCACCCCAGUAAUAGCCAAGCUCACAGGCGGUCGCCGUGCCAAGGUGGUUGUUAGUCCACUUAAGAAAAGCACAAAAUCUGCCAAGAAAUCCCCCACUCCUGCCAAGAGGGGUAGAGCUGCAACGGCUGCUGUCCCUUUACUGGAAACAGCUGCUGAACAAGUCACAACAGUGCAACAAUCGGCACCAACUAUGGAGAAAGUUUCUACCCCAGCUAAGGCGUCUCCAGUAAAGAAGGGCCGUUCAACACGCCGUGGUAAGGCUGCAAGUCCAGUCAAAAAGACCCCUGUCAAGAAGGCACAAGCAACAAAGGCUGCACCUAAACCUGUUACUCCUGUUGUGCAACAAGAAGCUAUUAAAGUGAAUUCCCCAGUUAAGUCCUCUCCAGUAAAGCAGGGCCGUACAACAAGACGAGGAAAGGCUGCAAGCCCAGUCAAGAAGACACCUGUCAAGAAGGGACAAGUAACAAAGGCUGCACCUAAAACUGCUACACCUGUUAAAGAACAAGAAGUUAUUAAAGUUGCUACCCCAGCCAAGGCCACCCCAGCCAAGAAGGGACGUGCAACAAGGGCUGCACCUAAGCCUGCUACUCUUGUUGUUGAAGCACCUACUGUAGAGAAUACCAGCCAGAAACGGAAAGCAGAAGUUGUGGACACUGUUCCUGCUAAAAAGGGCAAAGCAGCAUCUGCAGAAACUUUUGUGACAGCAACAGAGCCUACUGUUGUGGUCUCUCCUGCAAAGAAGGGGCGAGCAGCGACAAGGCGUGGAAAGGCAGCUAGUCCUGCAAAAAAGGGGAGUUCUACAAAAAUUGCCCCAGUAGUUGCAGCACUUGUGGCUGAACCAGAGCCUGUCAUAGUGACCGUGGUAAAAGCAAAGCCAGGAAAGAGAAAGGCUGCUGAACCAGGGGUAGCAGCAUCUCCGAAGAAAGUUAAAGCAGCACCUCAGCCAUCUGUUAAAGCUGAUUCGCCAGUGAAAGCCAAGCGUUCAACCAAAGGUAAAGAAGCUACCCCUAAAGUGAAGAAAGAGAAGCUGGCUGUCAAGAAAGCAACUCCUGCUAAACGCGUCACAAGGGCAAGAAGAUAAAAUGUUCAUUCACAGUGUACAAAAGUGUAAAAAAUCAUAUCUUUAUUUUUACUUACCUGUACUUGUAACAUUUUGUAAAGAAGUCAAUGCAUCAAAAUUGUAGUUUUUAAGUGAGGGUUUUCAGAUUUUGUUAUUCUAAAUAAACGCUAACAGUAACAGUUCACUUGGGAAUUACUUGUACUUGAACCUUCUCUGAGCUGCUUUUCAACUGACAAUAUUAAAUUGUUAGUGGUUUGGUAAAACAAAUAUAUAAAAAAAAUACUUGGGACUUUACCUUAUUAAAAUGUUACAGUGAUUGCAUGACUUCUGUAUUUAUAUGCAUGUAUAUAGAAUGUAUUUAUUGUGUUUGCUCUGUGUCUAUUUUCUAUUAAUUUUAUGAUUAUUAUUUGUUCAAUUUAUAUGUGUAUUUGGAAUGUAAAUUCAAACAUUAUCACUUGCUAUGUCACUAUGUGCCAUUCAAUGGAUUCUGUAAUUUGCUUAGGUUAUGGCUAAAUCAAAUCUUACUGCAAAGUGUAUGUUGGUAAAGGAUAGAUGUCCAUAUUUUAACUUAUAUAUUUUAAUGUUUACCAACUUAUAUUUUUUAAUGUUUACCAACUUUCUUAACAUAGUCCAGAGUUUGAAAAUAUUAAUGUAAACUGAUUUUUCUUCAUAUUGACAAUUGAUAUCAGAAUCACUUUUGAUUGUUGCUUGUUGCACUUUGGAAUGGAAUUAGUGAAAUAAAUGAAGGAUGUUUAGAUAUAAUACACAUAUACUCACACUCUUACUAGAACUAAUUGCACAUACUGUAUAUUGAACAGGCGGGGUGUUGAUCUCGAUUUUUUUUAAUUAUGUCUUAUGGAGUCAUUUUAACAUUAGUUUUAAUAUCUUGUCAUAUAACAGAUUCUCAUUUGUACAUAUUCUCAUCUCAUUAUCAUAUGUAUUAUGGGGUCAUUAAAUUUUAAAAUUCAUGUCAUGUGUAUUUCAUCGUCUUAAAUCUGUAUUUUAUUGUUUUUAAUAACACAUAUAUGGAAUUUAGUCUUGUAUUUAGCUCUAGAAAGUUUUCUUGAUUAGUUUUGUAAUAUGUUGUACUUGUGUCUGCCUUGUCCAAGAAUAAUUUAUUCAUAACUUCCUAUAUCAUCAUUUAAAAAUAUUUUCAUUAAAUUCAUUAUGAUUCAUUUGGUAUGUAAAUAACUAAGUGCAGUAAAUUGUUUCUAAAUUUAAAGUUGAAUAUUACAUCUUAAUGUUGUUUGAAACAAUAUUCAUUAAAAAAAAUGUUCAGCUUUUCUUUAUUUAGAGAUGUAUUGAAUGUAGAGGUGUUCUCUUAGAUGUCAUACAUUUUGUAUUAUCUUCCGAUAUAUUCAUCAGGGCAUCGAAAUAAAAUAUUCCAUAAAAUGUU